GAGCUAUUCGCAUCCGUGUGAUUGCAUAUGGCUGCGUGAUAGGUGAGGUUAAUCUCUGAGGAAAACAACAACGGUAAACGGCAAUAAAUCGUCAACAAGAUCAUGCGUGUAUUGUGCUCGAAGAGUCGCAGAUACAGACAGCUCCUCGUCGACUGACGCAUGGAAGUAUGCAUGCCCAAAGGAGCAGCUGAGAAGACCAUUCCAACACACACACUGCAGAGAAUGAUCCAUCAGUCAGGUACUCUUACCUCUAAGCACUGUUAAUGAUGUAUCUGCCGUUGCCGGGAAGGUAACGCGUGCUCCGCGCAGCGGACACCUUGUCGUCAUCGUCGUAGGGAUCAAACGCCAGCUCGCUCGCCGUAAAUAUGGCGCAGAUACAGACGUCGACGGCGGACGGGCUGCCCAAGCACUUCGUCAACGCGAUGCGCACGCUGUUCGACAUAAUGGACGAUCAGAGCACCGGUUACGUCAAGUUCGCCGACAUCGAGGCACGCUGGCAAGACGACGGUACGCAGGGCCUGCCCAAGGGCGUGCUGGACAGCUUGAAGAAGGUCACGCCGCCGAACGGCAUGCUCUCGUUCGAGAGAUUCUGCGCGGGCUUGAAAAUCUGCUUGCUGCAGAUCCAGGCAGAAGCCGACUCCAAGAAGCACGACGGCCAGCCCAACAGGCCGCCAUCUGCGCCGAUACUCAUUCCAGAUAGUCAGAACAAAACUGUGUGGACCUCGCCCAAUACCGCCACCAUAAGGCCCAACAAUGCCAUAUCUCAGCAACGCACUCUCAGCAUGCCACAGCUGCUGGCCAAUCGCAAGGACAUGAACGUGCAGCAGCUCGAGUUGAUGGAUGGCAGGCACAUCAGCGAGCCGAAAAUAGGCAAGGUGUACGGACCCCCGAAGCCGCCACGGACUGGCGCCGGCUUGGAAGGCAGAGCCUUGGCCACGGAUCGAAAUUUCGACAAGUCCGAAAUCAGAACUGCUCUGCAGAACUGGCAAAUGGGCCUGAUGAUGAGCGACGAGAAGGCGAUGGAGAAGCGCCAGCUGCAGGCUGUUAACUAUAGACCUGAUGCCAGGACGCUGCUGAGACCGGCCAGAGCUCUGGGCGAUGGUAAAGCGGUCGACAUGCAGAGCAAUCAGCUCGUACUUCAACCCAAGAAGGCGUCCAAUCGUCGCAGAGAACCCAGGCGGCACACGUUGCAGAAUGGUAUUGAUUACAAUAUGAUGAAGAGAAUGAAGCAGAUUGAACAGGAGAAAGACGUAUUGCUUCAAGGUCUAGCUGCUGUCGAUAAAGCUAGAGAAUGGUACUUGAAGCAGAUCUCCGCAACACAAGAGAAGAUUAAACAUCUCGGACGAAUGGGUUCUCACGUGGAGCAAUGGACGGAAGCGCAGCAGGAACGCUUGGAAUUGCAACGUGCACGAGUCCUGGAAGUGAAUCGACAUCUGGCUGCCUUGAUAAGCAGCUGGGAACGCGGAGGACUUCCUCUUCACAUGAAUCUCGCUUUCCUGAGCACCCCGACUUCGGCUCAAUUGCAACAAGAUAUGUUGUCGAGGCUUAAACAACAAAAUCAUAGAUUAACUGAGGAAGUUAGCAAAAAGAGCCAACGGAUAGCGCUACUUGAGCAGGAGAAGGACAGUCUGGUUAGGGAAUUGUACAAUAGACAGCCUGGACUGGUUCAGUCCCGAAGAGCGACGAUGAUCCACGAACAACACGAUCAAACAUUCAUGUAAGAAUAUGAAUUACUUCCGACGAAUUAUUAACGAAAGCGCACGAAUGACAGAAUAAAAAGUUAAUCCUUAAAUAGCGCGCGGAAGUAAAAAAGAGCAGUAAGAGAAAUUAAAUGCAAAGUAUUUGAUAUAUUGUAUUAAGGUGACGUCAAUGCUUCCUUAUCAAUUCGAUAUCUCAUGUUAAGGCUGUAAAGUAUUUACUAAUAGUACGCAAAUACUAUUUAGAUAAUAUAGUGGUAGUAGGUAAAGCAAAAUGCCUUAAGAUUCAUGUAAUCCGUCCAAAAGAAGAAAAAUUUGCCUUAAUAAAUUAUUAUUUUAAUUAAUAAAUUUUA